AAAAAAAAAAAAGAAAACGGAAAAAGGUACCUGUAAUGUAAAUAGAGAGAGAGAGAGAGAGAGAGAGAGAGAGAGAGAGAAAGCUGCCUUUGCCACUUCCCUUUACUGCUUCCAGACCAUCACCAAGUGCUGUACUAGCAACGAGCACUGCACGGCUGGGACCGAAACCAGUGUCUGCUCUCUUGAGAAUCUAACCCAUUAUCAACUAUCAACUGUUCUCUCUCAGUUUAGCUUGUUUUGGGAGAGAUGAGAAGAUCUCAUCUCUAUUUUGUUUCUGUGCUAACACUUUUUGUUGCUUGUUCUUGUCAAUUUCAAGCUCAUGCUUCCCCUGCAGGGCCAUUAAUUAAACACUUAUCUUCUCUUCUCAAAUGGACUGCAAGAUCAUCCUCCAAAACACCCCAAUCAGAUGGGAAUGUUCUUCAAUUUGAAGAUGGAUACUUAGUUGAGACUGUGGUGGAAGGAAAUGAUAUUGGAGUUGUUCCUUAUAAAAUUCGUGUUUCUGAGGAUGGUGAACUAUAUGCUGUUGAUGAAGUUAAUAGCAACAUUGUUAAAAUUACUCCACCCUUGUCCCAAUACAGUAGGGCAAGAUUGGUAGCUGGCUCAUUUCAAGGUUAUACAGGGCAUGUGGAUGGAAAGUCAAAUGAAGCUCGUUUUAAUCAUCCCAGAGGUGUAACCAUGGAUGAUAAAGGGAAUGUUUAUGUUGCUGAUACCUUGAAUCUUGCUAUCAGAAAGAUUGGAGAUGCUGGAGUCACAACCAUUGCUGGUGGAAAAUCAAACGUUGCAGGCUACAGGGAUGGACCCAGUGAGGAUGCAAAGUUCUCAUCCGAUUUUGAUGUGGUAUAUGUUCAUUCCACAUGCUCCCUGUUAGUUGUUGAUAGAGGAAAUGCUGCUCUUCGACAAAUCUCUCUCAACCAAGAAGAUUGUGAUUAUGAGUCCAGCUCGAUUACUUUCACAGAUCUCCUUCUGGUUGUUGGUGCUGCCGUGGCUGGAUAUGUUGCGUGCAUCCUUCAGCAAGGAUUUGGGCCUUCAUACUUCUCAAGAACACAAGAAUAUUCGGAGAGUGAAUUCAAAGAGCACCAAAGUAUGGAGAAAUCAACUCAUACUGCAGAAAGCAUGAAAGAGGAACCCAAGUGGCCAUCUUUUGGACAGCUCAUGAUUGAUUUGUCUAAGCUUGCACUUGAGGCAUUGGGUGGUGUUCUCCUCUACUUCAUCCCUUCAUGGUUCAGAUCAAGCGGACCCAAGAAGGGCCUCACACCAUUAAAAGAUUCCCUAAAGAUGCCGGAAGAUGAAGUUGAGCACCCAACAGUCCAGAGGCAGAGUGUGCCUGUUCCUUUAUCUGAAACACGGCAGAUCCAUACUCCCAUCACUAGUGAAAAGUAUGCAGAAAUGAAGCCACCAAAGAUAAAGUCAUCCAGUUUUAAGGAUCCUUCUUUAUCAAGCAAACGCCGAUCCUCAAAACAACAAGAAUAUGCAGAAUUCUAUGGGUCAGGUGAGGCGGUGCCUUCUUCUGGUAGGUCUAAGAGCCACAAAGAGAAAUCAAGGCAUCGGCAACGAGAUAAGAGUCGAGAGAGAGUUUUUGGUGCUGUUGGGACAGAGCCAAAACCUGUUGAAAUGAAGCCUAUGGAUUAUGAUAAUCCAAAAUUUGACCAUUACAACAUGAGAAGCAAGUAUGAAUCUGAAAAUUCAUACCAAUUUUGAUCUGUUGCUACUCUUAGCUGUUGACCCAUGUCUAUUUUCCUUUUAUUUUUGUAUCAUUGUGUUUCUUAUUCAGUUAAUGAACUUAAACGUGAUUUAUCUGUUGGAUAUAUAGGAAAAAUGGUAGCUUAGGACAACAUUUCUAGGCCUUGUUUGGUAUGGAUGAAUUCCAUAGAAUUUUGUGUAAUUCAUUUGAAAUUUAUGUUUGGCACAAAUGAAAAAUUUUCAUGUUAAUGUCUAA